CUGCAGAGCCUGGAGGGGACUCAGAACAAACUAAACAAACCAUAAAACAUAAUGGGAAGGAGGCAUUCCUUCACAUCCCGUUACCUCUUUUGGAGUGUGGUGUUAGUAUGGAACCCUUGAAAGUGUGGGAUUACAGAGCCCUUUUCAUGGCUACCAGGUUGAUAUUUGUGUUAGUUGUGAGAUAUGCAUGGAUGUGGUGAUAGGUGAUGAACUAAGUAGUUUAGAGAAGAAUAAAGGGGAAAUUGCUCAAAAUAAGUUGGGUGUAAUGUGAAAAAGGACAGGGAGCUUGCUGUGUCAUGGGAAAGAGUUAGUAUGAGUUCUGUAAGAAGGUGCCCCAUACUUUAAGGCUAAACAGUUUGAGAACUGUGCUUUGACUAGGUCUUCCAUGCUCCAUCUACCACCUGCAUGGGCUAGUGGCAGCAGCAAAAGCUGAGGAUUAGUGUUAACAGCAAUAUUUAAGAAGAAUUUGGUAACAUGCUCUACCUCGGCAGGCAACAACUAAAAUUGGCACCAUUAGCAAAAGAGAACUAAUAGAGGAGCCAGCCAAAUUGGGUUUCCAUGGUUAUGACUUUGUAGGGUCGCAUUUUGUAGGGUAGUAUCUUGGACUGGACAUCGGGUCUCAUGCCCCCAUGGUGUGAACAUUGAGCCAGCAAAUGUCCUCAUAUUUUGGAGCUAAGUUGGAGCCUAUAACUAUCCCUGUGAAUGAAAGGGUUUCUUGCUUUAACUAAAUUUGCUUGCUUUUAAAAGUUGUUUGAAAAGGGGAUAAAGCUUAGGAAUGGCCAGUGAGGGCAGGUGGCGCCUGGGUGGGUGGAGCGCAUGGUGAGAGGCACCUUUAUAAGUAAAUGAGAAGGUGCUGCUUACCAGCGUGGUACCGCUCCUGGGAGCUGCAGCGGCACUCCCCUCAACACGGCUUCUGGCACUCACUCACCUGGCUUCCAUGUGGAAAACGACACACCAUCCCAGAGGGUGCAGUUUAUCCUGGGUACUGAGGAUGACAAUGAAGAACACAUUCCCCAUGAUCUGUUCACUGAAAUGGAUGAACUCUGCUUUAGAGAAGGGGAAGAAUAUGAAUGGAAAGAAACUGCCAGAUGGCUGAAAUUUGAAGAAGAUGUUGAAGAUGGCGGUGACCGGUGGAGCAAACCUUAUGUGGCUACCCUAUCUCUCCAUAGCCUGUUUGAACUGAGGAGCUGUAUUUUAAAUGGAACAGUCAUGUUGGACAUGAGAGCCAAUACAUUGGAUGAAAUAGCAGAUAUGGUAUUGGAUAAUAUGAUAGCUUCUGGUCACCUGAGCGAAUCUAUGAGAGAAAAUGUCAGAGAAGCUCUUCUGAAGAGACACCAUCAUCAGAAUGAGAAAAAAUUCAGUAAUCGGAUUCCCCUUGUCCGGUCGUUUGCAGAUAUAGGCAAGAAACAUUCUGACCCUCUCUUGCUUGAAAGAAAUGGGGAAGGCCUUUCAGCCUCCCGCCACUCUUUACGAGCAGGUCUCUCUGCCUCAAAUAUUUCCCUGAGAGGAGAGAAUCGCUUGUCCCUUCUUCUCAAUUACCUUCUUCCUGGAACUCCGGCAGCUUCAAGGAGUGCAACCCCUUUACCUACCCCACAAAGUACUCCACCUUCCAGUCCUAGGUGCGGCCACAAGGCAACCACAAAUUUACAACCAACUGAGCUUCAGGGUGCCGAAUUCCUAGUGUCUCCUUCUAGUGAUGAUAUCCCUAAAGUAGUAAUUCAUCCACCUGAGGAAGAUUUAGAAGCUCAGGAGAGCGAGGAGAAGACAACAGACGAUAAUAGUGACGUAACAUCAGGACUCCUAGCAUCGCCACAAUCGGCACCUGGUAACUUAGACACUGGGAAAAGUGCAGAUGUUAAAAGCAGUGGAACAGGAGGAAGUAGAGAAAACAGCACUGUCGAUUUCAGCAAGGAGUCAGCCUCCUGGCACUGUAGUUGUGGCACACUUGGUGUGGGACUCAAGAGGCCAGCUGUAGAUAUGAAUUUUAUGAGGAAGAUUCCCAUAGGUGCAGAAGCAUCAAAUGUGUUGGUGGGAGAAGUGGAUUUUUUGGAGAGACCAAUUAUUGCUUUUGUGAGGCUGUGUCCUGCUGUGCUUCUCUCAGGUCUCACAGAGGUUCCUGUGCCUACCCGAUUCCUUUUUGUGUUGUUGGGGCCAGCAGGCAAAGCACCUCAGUACCAUGAAAUUGGACGAUCAAUAGCAACACUUAUGACUGAUGAUGUUUUCCAUGAUGUUGCUUAUAAAGCUAAAGACCGAAAUGAUCUUCUGUCUGGAAUUGAUGAGUUUUUAGAUCAAGUGACUGUUCUGCCUCCAGGAGAAUGGGAUCCAUCUAUACGAAUUGAGCCACCCAAAAGUGUUCCUUCUCAGGAGAAAAGGAAGAUACCUAAAUUUCCAAAUGGAGCUGCUAUUCCUGGAGAGCCACUCGAAGGCCAUCAUGCUGGACCUGAACUGCAGAGGACUGGAAGGCUUUUUGGUGGUUUGAUUCUUGACAUCAAAAGGAAAGCACCUUUUUUCUUGAGUGACUUCAAGGAUGCAUUAAGUCUGCAGUGCCUGGCCUCGAUUCUUUUCCUAUACUGUGCCUGUAUGUCUCCUGUAAUCACUUUUGGAGGGCUCCUUGGAGAAGCUACAGAAGGCAGAAUAAGUGCAAUAGAGUCUUUAUUUGGAGCAUCAUUAACUGGUAUUGCCUAUUCACUGUUUGCUGGGCAACCUCUGACAAUACUGGGGAGCACUGGACCUGUUCUAGUAUUUGAAAAAAUAUUAUUUAAAUUCUGCAAGGACUAUGGACUUUCUUAUCUCUCCCUACGAACCAGCAUCGGUCUGUGGACAGCAUUUUUAUGCAUACUGUUAGUAGCAACUGAUGCAAGCAGCCUUGUAUGUUACAUCACUAGAUUUACAGAGGAGGCAUUUGCUGCUCUCAUUUGUAUAAUAUUUAUAUAUGAAGCAUUGGAAAAGCUUUUUCAGUUGGGAGAAAUAUAUGCCUUCAAUAUGCACAAUGACCUGGAUAAACUGACAUUGUAUUCAUGUAUGUGCUCACAGCCUCAGAAUCCCAGCAAUGAAACAUUGGAGCUAUGGGUGAAGAACAACAAAUCUGUGGAUACUAUACCAUGGGCUAACCUUACAGUUAAGGAAUGUAGUAGUUAUCAUGGCGUGUUCACUGGAUCAGCCUGUGGCCGUCAUGGACCAUAUUUUCCAGAUGUUCUUUUUUGGUCCGUCAUAUUAUUCUUUACAACAUUUUUCCUCUCCGGUUUCCUCAAGCAGUUCAAGACCAAACGCUAUUUUCCCACAAAGGUGCGUUCUACAAUUAGCGACUUUGCUGUAUUUUUGACAAUAGUGAUCAUGGUUCUCAUUGAUUACCUUGUGGGAGUUCCUUCUCCUAAACUUCAAGUCCCUGAAAAGUUUGAACCGACACAAAAAGACAGAGGAUGGCUCAUGGAUCCUCUAGGAACCAAUCCUUGGUGGACACUCCUGGUUGCUGCAGUUCCUGCUUUACUCUGUACAAUUCUCAUUUUUAUGGACCAGCAAAUUACAGCCGUAAUCAUAAACAGGAAGGAACAUAAGCUCAAGAAAGGUUGUGGUUAUCAUCUCGAUCUUCUCAUGGUUGGAGUUAUGCUAGGUAUAUGCUCUAUCAUGGGCUUGCCUUGGUUUGUGGCUGCAACAGUUCUUUCUAUAAGUCAUGUCAACAGUUUAAAAGUAGAAUCAGAGUGUUCUGCUCCAGGAGAGCAACCAAAGUUCUUGGGAAUCCGUGAACAGAGGGUGACGGGAUUAAUGAUCUUCAUUCUGAUGGGGAUGUCAGUGUUCAUGACCUCUGUAUUAAAGUUUAUUCCAAUGCCAGUAUUGUAUGGUGUAUUUCUUUACAUGGGGGCAUCCUCACUAAAAGGCAUCCAGUUUUUUGACCGUAUCAAAUUAUUUGGAAUGCCUGCCAAGCAUCAGCCUGACUUGAUCUAUCUCCGUUAUGUGCCGCUCUGGAAGGUCCAUGUGUUUACAGUAGUUCAGCUUACCUGUCUUGUACUUCUGUGGGCAAUUAAAGUUUCUGCUGCUGCUGUUGUCUUUCCUAUGAUGGUUUUAGCUCUAGUUUUCAUUCGUAAACUUCUGGAUUUGUGCUUCACCAAACGGGAACUCAGUUGGCUUGAUGACCUUAUGCCAGAAAGUAAGAAGAAAAAAGAAGAUGACAAAAAGAAAAAAGCAAAGGAAGAAGCUGAACGAAUGUUUCAGGCAGUGGGCAGUGAAACUGUACACCUUCCAUAUGAAAGGAGCGAUGUGUUAGAGAUUCCUGUGAAAGCUCUAAAAUACAGCAUUGAUCCUUCUGUUGUAAACAUAUCAGAUGAAAUGGCCAAAACUGCACAGUGGAAGGCUCUUUCCAUGAACACAGAGAAUGCCAAAGUAACAAGAUCUAACUUGAGCUCUGAAAAAGAAGAAUGUGUGAGAAUAGACAUGGAAAAUGCACCUGAAACGAAAAAUAUUCCUAUAGCCAUAAAUUCGUAUAUCAUUGAACAUUAUCCCACUGCUGAUAUGCAGCCUCCACUGAAAUGACUGAAGAAGCCCAUUCAUACAGGGCUAUAGAUUGGGACAAAGGGGUUGGUUUCUGCAUUGGGGUGACUGUUUAAAAUAUAAAAAUGGAACUGUGUUCUAGUAUGACUUUCACAUGCUACCCAAUGAAUAAGUCUCUGCACAUAUACAAACUGAAGAUAUAAGAGAGAGGAAAGUAAAGUCUUUAGAACCAUCUCUUUUUUGAAUCUUUUAAUUUUUUUAAAGUUUAACUCAGGGUACAGAAUAAAUCUGUAUUUGUUGGAUUGCAAUGCAAGAUCAUGUGCUUUGCAUUUGUCACAAUGCCUUGCUUUGUAAAGGGGAUAUUUAACACCAUGCUAAUCUUCAUUUUUAAAAGCACUUGUGUAUCAAACAACUUGACUAUAUCAAAAUACUGUACAAAAAAGUAAUAGGUUUUUAAAACAUUUAACCCCUGUUAGAGAAUAAUACAGAGAAUAUAACUGAAAUAUCUGACCUAGUUUUAAACACUAUUGCUUUAAAACAUGUUCAGGACUGAAGCCUAAUUAUAUGUCCCAAUAAAGUCAAAAGAUCUUAGACAACCAUUUUAAGUACACAUACAUGGAAGUAAGUUGCAAUAAAGUCAAUGAGACUUAAUUUCUGAGUCAGUGAUUCUUGAUCUGAAGCUCCACAUGAGUUCUCUUAUCAUGUAAUGGUAACAACUCUCUUGUUUUGAUGAUGGGGAUGUGCAUAUGCAGUUACUCCCAACACUGCAAUUAAUCGGCAAGAUCUUGCUUGUGCAUGAGAGCCAUGUGCUUAUUGGAAAAUCCAAAACACAGGAAGGAAGCGAGCAGCAUGACUACAAGUACUUCUGCAAAUGGAAAGUAUUAUGCUUAUAAACGGGGGGAAGGGUGCAACUUUUGCCAGUCCCUCAUUCCCUUUGCUAUCCCCUUUGCCCCCCAGUAAAUCUGUUCUGUGGGCCUCUCAACUCUCAGGGACUUAUUUUGGGGUGCACAGGAAACUGCAGAGGGAAGGCAAGAGGAUUGAAGAAAAUUGCAUUCUUCCUCCCUGCGCAUGAGCAAAAUGUCUUCUGUACACAGAAGUUCUAGUCUGCAGGCUGACCCCGCUGUGUUUAGCAUUGAGAUGUUGGGACUGGGUCAGAUAUUAGCCUUGGCCUUUGCAUUUGAAGGACUGUAACAAUUUUAUGUAAAGUUAUGCUUUUUAAAAUCACUUAAAUGUUUUUGCAUAUUGAAGAAAACACACUUGCCAACAGAGAAUGCUGUUACAAAUACAUCACUGAUUACAUUAACUGUAUUUUUACAACAUAGUCCCCCCGCCCCCUGACUCUUCAACUUCCCUUUAAUAUUUUGAAAGUACAUCUACUUUUUAUAAAGCUGUUUUGCCUUUAUGCCUAAUUUUGUCACAUUUUAUGUUUUUCAGCCACUCAACGGUUAAGUAUAUCGUCCCUUAAUUAACUGUUAUAAUCUGAAUAGCAACCAACCUAUAUAGUACUCUUUGUAUUUUGGGUACUAGCUGUAGGUCAGCCAGCACCAAAAUACAUUUUCAUUCUUUUAGUACAGUUUCAAUUAAUAAUCUCUACAUGAAACUUAAAUUUUCUUUAUGCAAGUCAUCUCUCAAUUGUAAAGCACUGGGAUCAUAAUGUACAACUUGUUCUUAAAAGCCUUAAAUGUAAAGGGCAAAAUGUUAAAAUGGAAUGUCACUUUCAGAAGCAUGCAACUGUGCUGAUACAUUUUGCCUAAUUGAAGCCAAUUGUAAACAUUUCUGGAUGAGCCAGAGCAUGAUCCAGCCAAAGUUAUGCCUUAUUGCUUCACUUUUAAGCCCCACUUGAUUUCAGUGGGCAAUUUGUAUAUCUGUUCCAUUGAAAUGGACUUAAAUGUUGAUCUCCGGCUGGCCAAUGGUUGUAGUUCGCCAGCAUGGAUUUGUCUUGCCUAAAGCUAAAUUGUGUGUAUUAACUAAUUCUCCUUUGGAAUGGGGAACAGCAGCAGUUGGUGAAGCAGUUCACUGGUAGGAAUUGUCUGCCACCACUGUAAAGUGAUUAAGGGUGGAGGAGAAAACACAUCCUUGACAAGCUUUGGGAAGCCAUAGUAGAGUUAGGAGAUGGCUCAACAUCAUGAAGCCUGCAACUGCUGACUGGUUAGCAGUCCCUGAUAUAGACACAGGCUUCUGACAGUAAGCAGGCACUUCUUUUACUACCCACUCUCAAUGGCUUCCAGUAAUCUAAAGAUUUAUCACUUAAGUCUAAUCUCUGGCAAUACCUGAGCAGUGCAACAGAGGAACCAUAUAGCUUGCACCUCCUUACCUUGUGCUUCUAUUGAGAAAAGAAUGUGUGCAUGUCUUUGUGGAACUUUUCCAUAGGUGACAUGAAAAGAAGUGCAAGUCAUUUGUACUUUCUCUGCUUCUUUUUUUGCAUCCAGUGGGACACUUUUUGCUAAACAGAAAAUCCCUGUAACACAUAGUGAAAACUACUCUUGAAAUCCAGGUGUUUAAAAAGUGGUUUGUACUGCAAACGCUUGGACAUAUCUGCACCUGAAAACACUGGGAGUAAAACAAGUAGGAAGCAGCACUUCAGAUUUUGUUGAACAGCAUCUUUACACAAAUUGUUAGUGUCCUUCAUUGUCAAAGAUGCUACUAAGUGUGUUCUGAGCUUGUAGGAAAAAAUUGUAGUGUUAAAUCAUGAAACAUAGGGGUAUAAAUAAUGCCAACAAACUGAUGAGCUGAAGCCUGAACACUAUCAAAUUUUCUUUGUCUAGCUUUGAUACUAAAUGUUGGGAACAGUAUAACUCUCUUUGCAUUCCGGGAUGUUUGCGUAGCUUGUGCCUUACUCAUAGCCUUCAAGAAAUACGCACUUUGUAAAAUUUUGAAAAUCAUGACCAUGUGUCACUUAUCCCUGUCUCACAUACAUAUGUUCUAUGUCUUUAACAAUUGCGUUUGAAAAUUUUUUGGUACAGUCAACGGGUCAGUUGUAUAUGUAAUUAUAUGUAGCUUUCACAGAGUUGUUGUGCAUUUGUCUUCCUCUACUGCAGACUUCCAUAUUCAGAACCAUAGGGUACUAAUUUGCAAAGACCUCAAACGGAUUGUCUUGAAUUUUAACCCUUUUUUUUCAAAGCCAAGAAUGCUGAACAGUUUGUUCUAACUUUUCAGUGGGUUGAUUUUGGUCACUUAAGUGAAGAUCUGAAAUGACUUAAAAUAACUAAUUUUGUGUUAUAAAAAUACUGCCUGACAUUUUUGUGCUGUCUUACGAGGAUAGAGCAAGGGCUCUAUCCUCGUAGAUAGUAACUAAACUAACCAUGGCAAGGCUUGGCUUGCAGCGUGAGCAGAAGGGAAAGCAAUUUUCAUUUCUCUUCCCUCCUAGCAAAAACUCAUUUUGUAUUCAGAAAUGCAGCCCUCAUAGACCUGUUUCUGGAUGGAAAAAGAGCUUUUGUGGGGAUGGAAGAUAAACAAAAAAUGCUUUCUCCUCUGCCCAUGCUGCAAGCCAAGCCUCACUCCGGUUUAGUCACUCCUUGCAAGAAUGGAGCUCUUGCUCUGCCCUCAUAAAACAGUGCAGAAUGUUAGUUAAUAACUGGUGUCAGGAGUAACAUGACUUGCAAGGUAGUUCAUGUUGAUGGUUCCAAGGUUAAUGAUUUCUUACACAUUUUAACCUUUUGAUAUCUGAUAAAUCCAGAUGACAUGCUGAAAACUCCAGUGGUAACCUCUGCUUGAGUAAUCUGUUGCUUAUUUUACUUUGUAUAAAUAUUUCCUUCUCUGUUUAAAAAAGGGUAUUAAAGUAGGACAGUGGAGGGCAUAGUGUUUACUGUAUGUAGAUAUAAAUGUCGCCUUAAUAGUGUAAAUGACUAAAUUAACUGUGCACUGAUUCACCUUGGUGAAACCUGAUUUAAAGCCAGUAAUAUUUCUGUUAAACCAGUAAAAUAAAUAGCUGAGCACUUUGAUAAAAGAUACCUUGGUUGUUUUCUGGGGAGCAAGGUAGCUUACUGUAUGUGUGGCAGCAAAGCUUCCCCCAGGAAACCUGCUUUUCUGGUCUUUAUUUUUGAAAACUGUGUUACAGAAAAUGUCUAAACUUUUAAUACAUCUAGAUAUAUUCUGUAAGGUUUUUAGUGUCACGUUUAAUGUAGAGGCCCUACAACUCAUUUGCUGACAUCCAGACUAAUGUUGUGUGCACAGUGGGAGAAGGAUGAUUCUUGGCAAUCUUCCCUCUGUAGACCACAUCAUCUUCUGAAAAUGUAAGUGAGGGUCCCACAACCUUCAAGGAUGUAUUUUUGAGGUGCAAUGGGUUGCAAAAAGAGCACCAAAAAUCUUUUUUGCCCAUUGUGCAUGUGCAGCAUUAGUCUAGGUAUCAGUAUUUUUAAUUUAUGUAGAAAUUGCUGUGCAUUCUAGAUGUGUACAAGUUGCUCAUUUUCCCCUUAGUUGGCAGUUGCUUUAUACUAUGUUUAAGGCAAGUUACUCCAGGUUUUCAAGAUAAUGAACAGAAAGUGUACAAGAUAGUUGGGUCUUUUUGCAAAACAAAUCAUUUUUAGCACAUCUAGCAAAACAUUUCUUUUUCUUCCCAUUUCAAAUGCAUUUAUUUCUAUUUACAGUAGUAUUGUAAAAUGUGCCCUUUGUAAAGGUAAGUUUCAAGUGUAAAGUGUAAUGAAUUGAUGUAAUGCAUUAAAAAUGCACUGGUCUGCGUUGUUAAAAAGGGUUAUGUAUUAUGUAUACAUUUUGUAAAUGAAUUGUGUUGAAGUCACCAGUUCAGAGUUUAGAUCAUUAGCACAUGCUGAAUGUAUUUUGCUUUUGCUAAAUUUAAUCACUAAUUUAAUGUUUGAAUGAUUAAUGUAGGUGCCAUCCAUUACCUAACACAGUACAAGUUGUGAAUAACCAUUUAUUUUAGUGAAUGUAUAGGCACAUAGUUGUGUGUCAAUAUAUACUCGGUAUUCUAAUAUGAAAUAUUGUCUUGUGAUUUUACUAUUUGGCAAUAUUUUUAUUUUGUAACCUUUUUAGUACUUUUGUCAAUUAUAGGAAAACUGUUUAAAUUGGUGUGAAAAUAAAGGUUUUCAUAUUUAGUACCUAUGGUAACUAUAUGGCAGUCUUGUAAUGUAUUUAAUAGCCAGGUUUUUAUAAUGCAAUUUAUUAGUCAGAAGAUGCAUCCUUUGUAGUAUUUUCCCUUUUGUUACUGAAGCUUUGUUUUCUAAGUGUCUUCCAGUGUUCAGAACAUCUUACUGAACAAAAAUAUUGACUUGAGGUGUAAUUACACACUUGAUUCCGAUUUUUAUGACAGUUUUCUAAUUGCAUAUAUUUUCUUUUAUAAUAAAAUCCAAAGCAAGCUAAUACUGUUCCAAAUGUAGAAACAAUAUUUUAUUAAUUUAUAUAAUACCUGCAAAAUUCUCUCCAAUAUGUGUAAUGUGAAAAACCUAGCCUUUAUAAUUUGUUUAAUGAUGGUUGCGAAAACUAUUUUUUGUAAUGUUUCAAAAAGUUGACAGCAAUAAAAUGCCACUGACUUUAA